UUAAGAAGAAAGAAAACCUGAGCGGUGGUUUGGUUGGUUGGUAGUGAGAGGUUCGAGUUGCAAUGUGCGGUGACGCCACUAAUUGGGACGAAGAUGCGUACAGGGAAACCGUACUGAAGGAGAGGGAGAUUCAAACGCGAACCGUUUUCCGAACCGCAUGGGCUCCCCCUCAAGACCCUAACCUCGACGCUCUCAUUGUUGCCUCCAGCGACGGUUCCGUCGCCUCCUACUCCAUCUCUUCUUUCAUCUCUACCUCUAAGCUCAAAAGUCCGUUUGGUUUUAUCAAUACCGAUACAGAUAAAUUAUUGGCUGAACCAGAUUUCUUCCUUCAAGCGCAUGAUGGACCUGCCUAUGAUGUCAAAUUCUAUGGUGAUGGUGAAGAUGCUCUGGUGCUGAGUUGUGGUGAUGAUGGUCGGAUCCGAGGAUGGAGAUGGAAGGAGCUUACUAGCUCAAAGUAUUCUGUUUCUUUGCAAGGAAAUGACAUUAAGCCUGUGCUUGAUGUGGUGAAUCCUCAAAACAAAGGUCCUUGGGGUGCACUUUCACCUAUCCCUGAGAAUAAUGCUAUUGCAGUUAAUACUCAGAGUGGAUCUGUUUUUGCUGCUUCCGGUGAUUCUUGUGCAUAUUGUUGGGAUGUGGAAACUGGUAAAGUAAAAAUGGUAUUCAAGGGGCACUUGGACUACUUGCAUUGUAUAGUUGCGCGCAACUCAUCCAAUCAGAUCAUAACAGGUUCAGAGGAUGGGACCACACGAAUUUGGGAUUGCAAUAGUGGGAAGUGUAUCAAUGUGAUUGAUCCAGCAAAAGAUUUGAAGUUAAAAGGAUCUGUUUCCUGGGUUGGGUGUGUUGCUUUGGAUGCAAGUGAGAGCUGGCUGGCUUGCAGUAGUGGACGGAAUAUAUCACUUUGGAACCUUCCUGCUUCAGAGUGCAUAUCAAAGAUUUCAACUCGUGCUUCUGUACAGGACAUGUUAUUUGAUAACAAUCAAAUUCUGACAGUUGGUGCAGAUCCUCUACUCAAUCGCUUUGACAUGAACGGUGUGAUCCUUUCACAAAUACAGUGUGCUCCUCCGUCAGCUUUUUCUAUCUCCUUACAUCCAGUAGGGGUUAUGGCAGUUGGAGGAUAUGGAUGUCUUGUGGAUGUUAUCUCACAAUUUGGUAGCCACAUGUGUACAUUUCAUUGCAAGUGUGUUUAAGCGAAGUUCGCAUAUAAUGUGAAAAUUAUGAAAGCUCAAGGCCAAAAGCCCAAAACAAUUUCCAAGUCCAUGAAUGACAAGCUUCAGGAUAUAAUAGAGAAUCGCAAGCUCUGCCAAAAUUGUGUUCGAAGUUUGCUCGAGUAAUUCAUGGAUAUGUAUUAACUAUGUGGAUUGUCAGAAUGUGUAGAUAAGUAGUUUUCCAAUUUCCCUAGCCUUAGAACUUUCUGGUUCUCGUGCUAUUCAUAAGUUAAUCGUUUCGCUGGCUUAUUAUUGAUACGGCCUAAAGAGGUAAGUUUGACAAAAUACUACGCAUUUAAAUCAUUUACUCAUCCUAGUGACUUAACUAAUG